AUGAUUGUCGAACCUCGCCGUCGAAAAAGUUCUGUGACAUUUUCUAUACCUGAUGAUCAUUAUCAUCAGCAAUAUUAUACACAACGAACAUCCAGUUUUGCUGAAUCAGAUUUGGACUAUGAGCCAACAAUUUCAACAAUUAGUCCGAUAUCAUUGGCUAUGGCUCGAGCAUUACGCAGUGUUAAAACAUUUAAAAAAAGUUGGGACUAUGAUAAGGCUCUGAAAAGUACAUAUACAGGAAAAUGUGGCAAACAUCAGUUACGUGCUUAUAUAAUUUUGGCGUUGGGUUAUGCCAUCGUUGUAGCAUGGCUUACAGAAAUGCCUGAAUUUGCGUUAUUAAAGCCUAAAUUUUAUGAUUGUGUACCACUUUAUUUAAAUAAUUCAAAUCCAAACAAUACUACAUCAUUUGAUACAAAAUUUCAACAGCCCGAAGCUCUAAACAAAAAAGCAAUACGAUUGAACUCAUCGAAUAUUAUUAGUGAAACAAGCCAUGACAAAUUAAUCUAUAAAAUAGACCCAACAUAUAAUCAUAGCCUAGAAUAUGGGCGAAGUAUAUUAACUGAUUUCAAUAUCUUCUGUAGUCCAAUGCGUAUGAAAAUACCACAUAUUGUCUAUCUGAUUGGUUUGACUCUUGGAGGUCUUAUAUUUGGCUAUAUUGCUGAUCAUAGUGGAAGAAAAAUGAUUUUAAUUGGCUCAAUGUGGACAGCAUGUGCUCUAUCAAUAUUUCAACUUCUUAGUGAAGAUUAUAUUUCUUAUGUUUUCUUUAUUCUUUUCGUUGGCAUGGCUAUUGGUGCUGUACAAGUAAUUACCGUACCUUUUGUUAUUGAAAUGUUUCCAACUGAAUCUCGAGCAAUUUAUGCUCUAUCAUUAACUGGUGCAGUAUUCAUAUUUGAUUUAAUUAUUCCCUGUCUAGCCUUUGCUAUAAGCAAUUGGAAAAUUUUGCAAGGGGUUGUUUCAAUACCAUUGGUCAUUACUGCCGUUCUUUAUUGGUUUACGGAAGAAUCUAUGUUUUGGUAUACAACCCAAAAAGAUUAUGUUACAGCAGUAUUAUCAUUAACCAAAGUUGCCCGGUUUAAUGGUGUAGUUUUUGAAGAUUUAUUUGGUGGAGCACGUGAUUUUCUUCGCGGUAAACGUUCAAAAGGAAUUCAAUGUGAUUUUCAACCAUUACUCCGACUUGAGGAUAUCCAAUUGUUGGGUUCAAAAUAUCCUGAUUUUGAUAUGGUUGAUUUACAAGCAACAACAAAUAAGAAAAAUAGUUUAUCACAACGUAUUUUACAAGUACUAACUGGCCAUCACUAUUAUCCAACAUUAUCAACAUUUUAUCCAACUGAUUAUCUUCAUUCAUCAAUAUUAACUAUUUAUCUACUCGUUAUGUGUGGUCUUUGGCUUGUUAGUUCAUUAACAGAAUAUAGUCUUGAGUCGCCGCAGUUGGUUAAACAUUUAACAGACCAUUUUUUCCUCAAUUACUUCUUUACACAUCUUAUACAAGUUGCUUCAUUCAUUGUUGCAUUUCCAAUGGUUUAUAAAUGGGGCCGUCGUUGGCCAACAUUUUGUUUCUUUCUUAUUGCUGAAGUUUGUUUACUUGGUUCAGUGGCUGCUCAAUCAGAUAACACAGAGUUACGUAAUCCAAUGUUAAUUGUUUAUUUUGUCGGUAAAUUUGCCUCACGCGGAGGCUUUAUUGUUAUUCUACUUUAUACAUGUGAAAUAUUUCCAACUGGUUUAAGAUGUACAACACUUGGUAUCUGUUAUGCUUUUCGAUUAAUUGGCAUUGCAUUAGCUUCAGAACACGUAGCUGGAUUGAAUAAUACAAUGUCUCGUCUUAUCUACGGUAUAUUAUCUUUGAUUCUUGGUGCGAUGGCACUUCUAUUACCUGAAACAAAGAAGAUUGCAUUACCACGCACUAUUAUUCAAGUUGAAGUUGUUCCAACAUCAAUAAGUAAAAAAUUUCGCCGACAACGUUCGGCACCAGCUAAAAAAAAUAUUCGACCAGACGGUACACGACCAGAAGGUGGAAAUGCGUUUAAUGAUGGUGCAUCAUCGGUAUCUGGUAUACGUUCAGUUCGUUUUGGUCCAUAUGAUAAUCAAUCGACGUUACAUAGCGUUUACGAAUUACAAGAAUAUGGUCAAGAUGAUACAGUGCAUUCAUCGGCAAGUCGAUAUAAUCGACGAAUGGAUUUACGUAAUCCAACUAUAUUUCAGCCAUAUAGUGGAAACAAUAUGGAGACACAUCGACAACAAACUCCAAUUGCUGAAGAUGGUGAAUAUGAUGAAGAUGUUGAUGAUGAUCGAACACGUUAUGCUCAACAACAACGACUUACACAACAUCACCGUUUUAAUGAGCAACAAAUGUCAAACAUUAGUUCAGAUAAUGAUGUUAUUGUUCUACCAAAUAGAACAAAUAAUAGACAAUCAUUAACUAAUCCUCCAUCACAUAUUGAAGGCAAGGUUGAUAAUCAAUCAGGUGAUAUGAGUGGUGAAAGAAAUGGAAUAACAACGGCCAUGUCAACAGUUGAUGAUAAAGUAGAUGAAAAUAAAAAAGAAGAUAAUAUGUCGCCACCAUCCGGACUUAUUCAUGAAACAAGAACAUUUCCACCGAAUAUGAGUGAAGAUGAGAACUAUUUUUCUGAACAUUGUUAA